CGUUACCCAGCCGGAGCCUAGCAAUUAUCGCUUACUCCCGGGUUACAUGAUUCCUCGGAUCCAGUUAGCCGAUCCAAAGAGUUGCAUAAGUGGUGGGGUGGGGCGGAUUUUUGGCAGCUCUGCCCCCUUCUGACACCCAAGAGGAGAGAUAUAAAGCUAGGUGCCUCCGAGCACCCGGGAUCUUCCUCUGUCCAGCUGGGUCUCUAUCGGUACGUGAGGUGCAAAAGGGGAGAGCCGCAAACAUGGAAGCCAGACCGCACCAUCUUCUGAUGGUCCUGCUCUGUGCGUUCUGCGUUCAGGCUGAUGUCGACGUACAGCCGGAUUUUGAUCUUGAGAAGUUUACAGGGAUGUGGCACAUUAUGGCAGGGGUGUCAAAUUGCCCCAUAUUCCAGAGCAUGAGGGACGUGAUGAAGACAUCUGCUGCAAAAGUUGAAGCCCAUCCAAAUGGCGACAUGACAGUAUUGACCGGCUACCCCUUCCCUGACGAAUGCCAGAAGGUGGAGAUGUUCUUUAAGAAGACAGAUCAGCCUGGACACUUCACAAAUGUGGAUACACAGCCGGGCCCCAAAGUUAAAACAGUCAAGAGAGACAUGCGGGUGAUUUCCACGGACUACCACCACUACGCCUUCCUCUACACCUUCAAGGAGGUCGAAGGGGAGCCCAGCAGUGCCACAUUCCAGCUCUACACCAGAGCUCCAGAACUGACUGAUGAACUGAUAGAGAGUUUCAAGGCACAUUACCACAAAGUGGGGCUGACUGAUGACCUGAUGGUAAAACUGCCCAAAUCUGAUGUGUGCUUCAAGCUUCUCAGUGCCUGAAGUGGUCCUGAUUCACCAGCAGCCGAAGCGCUCUCUCUUCCCCACUGCAGG